CAUUAGCUAGUGAAGUGCGGAGCAAAAAAAAAAAACAACCUUGUACUAAAUGACAAGAAGGAACAAGAAAGAAAGGCUGAGUAAAUCUGGAACCAAAUGAUUGGAGAAAUUUUUAAAAAGGACUUAAUUUAAAGGACGCUUUACAAAAUUUUCCUUUGGUUUUAAACAUCUAAUAGCAAACAAACUGUUGUUAUCUGAUCAAAAUGGCAUUCAAUGGAAUAAGCAAAUCUUUAAAACUUAAUUUUGGGCUCAUCAACUAUGAGAACCGCUACCUCACAGCUGAGACUUUUGGCUUUAAGGUAAAUGCAUCUGGCACGAGUAUGAAGAAAAAACAACUCUGGAGCCUGGAGCAGGAUGACCAGGAUGGUCAGGUGGUUUUCCUUCGUAGUCACCUUGGCCGUUACCUUUCCACCGAUAAAAAUGGCAAAGUAAAUUGUGAAUCUGAGGUACCAGACUCUCAUUGUCGUUUUUUGAUCGUAGCUCAGUCUGACGGCCGCUGGGCUUUGCAGUCUGAGCCUCAGCAACGAUACUUUGGAGGUACAGAAGAUUUCCUGACCUGCUUUAGCCAGACCAUAGGAGAAACUGAGUUGUGGUCUGUCCAUUUGGCUCACCACCCCCAGGUUAGCGUUUUGAGCUUAGCCCGCAAACGCUAUGCACACUUGUCAGAUUCAAUGAGUGAGAUUUCUUUUGAUAGUGAUAUCCCAUGGGGUGUGGAUUCUCUGAUUACACUGGUCUUCAAGGAUGGAAAAUACAGUGUGAAGACCUGUGACAACCGCUUUCUCACUAGCAGUGGAAAGCUGGUAAAUGAUUAUGGUCCAGAUACAGCUUUCACAUUGGAUCUCAGGGCAGAUAAGCUGGCUUUCAAAGAUGACGAUGGAAAAUAUCUAACCCCAACGGGUCCUUCGGGCACCUUGAAAUCUGGGAAAGCUACAAAGCCGGGUAAAGAUGAGCUUUUUGAUCUGGAGGAGAGUCAUCCACAAGUGGUUUUUCAGGCAGCCAACAAAAGAUACCUAUCUAUCCGUCAAGGUGUCAGCAUAUCAGCCAAUCAAGAUGAGGAAACAGAUCUGGAGACAUUUCAGAUGGAAAUUGACCAAAAUACUAAUAAAUGCAUGUUCAGAACUAAUUCAGGGAAUUACUGGACACUCGUCGUUCAUGCAGGGAUCCAUACUACAGGCACAGAAAUUGAGCCCAACACAAUGUUUAACAUUGAAUGGCUUGGGGCAAGAGUGGCUCUAAAAGCUAAUAAUGGAAAAUACGUCUGCAACAGGAAAAAUGGACAGCUUGCUGCAGUCAGUGAUACAGUGGGUCCUGAUGAGCAGUUCUCAAUGAAGCUGAUCAACCGUCCAAUCCUAAUAUUGAGAGGGGUGAACGGCUUUGUUUGCCAUCACAAGAGCGCCAAUACACUGAACGUCAACCGCUCUGUUUAUGACAUCUUCUCAUUAAUCUACAACGAUGGUGCAUAUCACAUUAAAUGUGGAAGUGGAAAGUUCUGGUAUGUCACUAGCAGUGACUUGGUGUGUGCAGAUGGUGAAGAGCCAGACAACUUCUUUCUAGAGUUUCUAGAGCAUGGAAAAACAGCCAUCAAGAGCAAAAAUAACAAAUACUUGCAUGCUGACCAAGGAGGCACCCUCAAAUGUGACAUCAUUACAAUGAACAGCUGUUGUCUAUGGGAGUACUGAGGCUUUCAAUAAUGGUUCACAAAUGCACAGAGUAGCACAGACUGAUGAAUAAGUAAUAGUCGUAUUAGUUGCUUUAAUGAAUGACUUAUUUUAUGAAUUUCUUUUAUCUCUCAAAUAUUAUACUUGGGUGAAGUCUGCAGUUCUGUCAUUAUCUUUGUAUUUUCAAAUGUUAAAUAUUAUUAUUGUUUAGCUUAACUUGCAUGAGAAGUUCCUGAUAUUGUUAUUUUAUUUUUGGUGCUUCCUCCUCACAUUACCCGGCCUUUGAUAUUUAUAUAUAUAAAAUACUUAAAUGUAAUACGAGGUUCUCAGAGUACUGUUGGUGUGUCCUUUCAUUAUGGACUUAUUUAAGCUUUAUUGUCUGACAUGUCACUGC